GUUGGAAGUUAGAAGGGGAAUAUGGGCAUGGAAGUGUCAAGAUUGAGCAACCGUUCAGCAGGCUGUGAGAUUGACCACAGGAAGUCGGGACUCCAGGGCUCCUGGUUCUGACCACGACCAGCAGGUGCAGACAGCACAGAGUUUAGGGAGGCAGCCAACUUGAAGGAGAUUUCUAUUCAAACAUGGAAAGUCUUCAGAACAGCGUGAAAAAGAAAGCGAUUGAAAGGCAUUACAAAGCUGAAGUACUAAUUACAGGCGAGCAAUUAAGGCUUCGUCUGCAUGAUGGAAAAUUAAUCAAAGACCGUCGCUAUAAUCUACGAACCUAUCCAAACUGCUUUGUUGCAAAAGAGCUUGUUGAUUGGUUGAUAGACCAUAAAGAAGCACCUGACAGGGAAACAGCCAUAAAACUAAUGCAAAAGUUAAUGGAUCAUAACAUCAUUCAUCAUGUUUGUGAUGGACAUUCAGAAUUCAAGGAUGCAAAACUACUCUAUAGAUUCCGAAAAGAUGAUGGAACAUUUCCCUUAAGUAAGGAAGUGAAGGUGUUCAUGAGAGGUCAAAGCUUGUAUGAAAAGCUUAUUAAUUCUGAGAACACAAUCAUGAAAUUACAAGAAGAAAAUGGAGUGAAGUACCAACGUAGUGUUUCUGGCUGUGAAAUCAUCGACUGGCUGAUAAAAGAAGGGGAAGCUUCUUCAAGGAAAGAAGCAGUGGAGCUAUGCCGAAGAGAACUCGAGCAUGGAAUUAUUCAACAUGUCUCGAAUCGCCACCACUUCUUUGACAGUAACUUGCUCUACCAGUUCCGCAUAAACUUUCGCAGAAGACGACGACUGACUGAGCUCUUAAAUGAAAACUCCUGGAUGGCACAGGAAUCCCAUGACAGUCCCUUCUGCCUGCGAAAGCUGAAUCCAGGGCAGGAUGGCUCCAGUUUUCUCUCAGUGCAAACCAAUAAAGAGAUAAAGGUGGUAUCAGCAGUGCGUCGGAGCAGCAUUACCUCUGCUGUCACAGGAUCUGCAGCCUUUUACAAUACAACACCAAGCCUUGCAUGUGUGCCUUCUGUGGAGUGUAACCCCAAAUCAGUGUUGAAGAGACCAGUCACUAAUGAAGAACUCCUGUCACCUGGAGCACCUUACUUAAAGAAAACAUUAACAAUUGUGGGUGAUGCAGUGGGAUGGGGUUUUGUGGUGCGAGGAGGAAGACCAUGUUACAUCCAGGCUGUGGAUCCAGGAGGACCGGCUGCAGCAGCUGGAAUAAAGGUCAGGCAGUUUGUUGUUUCUGUGAACAGCAUGCCUGUAAUGCAAUUGGACUACAAAACAGUCAGCAACAUAAUCAUGACAGGACCUCGCACAUUGGUGAUGGAAGUUAUGGAAAUGAUUGAAUGAUGUAUGGUUGUUCAAAAAGCUGCUUGUUGAUUUCUUUUAUAUAUUCUCAGAAAUCAAAAUAGUUUCAAUUACCAUAGCCUAGAAAUAAGUGUUGAAGAUCUUAGCAGACAAAACUUAUUUAUCAUUUAAUUUAAAUCUCAUUCACGUAUGUUAAUAUUUUUCCAUUGUUAACUUUGACCGUAGUUUCUAUGUUGAUAUUCUAUUGCUGGAAAACAUUUCAUCUAUAUUAAUUCUGUUUUUGAUGUAUGUUUAUAUUUUUUGUUUAACCCUCGUGAUUGUGAAGCAUGGAUUAUAGCUACUGUUAAUGGAUAUUGCUAAUUUUCUUCAAAUCAAUCAAAUUCUAAGGGACUUGAUUUGUAAAUUUUGCAGAUCCAAUUAAACGUCUUUGUAUAAACUCAGCUAUUUCACUGGCAUCCACUGUAACCUUUGCUGGAAUGUGACACUCAGCAAGAAGUAAAUGACUUCCCCUCCCUCUCACCCCAUUGCUAGGAAGUUGGAGCUAAGCCAGAUAGGAAGCUCUAAGGUCAAUAUGCCCUACUAAAAUGAAAAAACAAAAUGGCUCUGUUCCAAGUCUUCAAGUCAUUAUAGAAAAUAAUCCAUGCUUAUUUGAACAAGGAACUGGCAGAAUUUAGUUUUAACCAGUUUCUUUCAAAAUCAGAAAGAAAGCUUUUUCUCUUCCUUCCAUAACAUUGAUGUGCCUAAUUCCCAGCUCUACCAUCCUCAACAAGAAAAUGCAGUUCCUCUCCUUUGUUAAAAGACUUGCUAUAGGUACUAUUGUCCCUUUAUUUUCCAGUCUAAUGAUAUAAAAUAACUAGUCAGACACAAUUGUACAUUUUCAGUGAAGUCUUGACUUCACAGACACGAUAUUCAGAACCCUUACUUCCAUCUCCAUCAUUGACAUCACUGGAGAAAAAAAACUUUAUUAUGUUGUCAAAACAUUUCUCACAUUAUGACUACCCUGAGUAAGUACUUCAAGGAGCAAUCUUAAAGGUGUAAAGAGAGAUUGACCGCUGAUUUAAAUACAAAGGCCUUGAAAAUAUCUCUGGCCAAAUCAAUUGAUCUUGGCUUGUGAGAGGAGGAUCUGCACACAUCCUCCCUAAACAAUGAUUUUUUUUCUUGGAUUUAGCUGGGAUUUUGUCCCUCAAAGAGUUUUUACUAAUGCAUAUCCACAGAGUUGCAGAUGUCAAAUCCAUCAAAGUCUUAGAUGCACCUUGGUAAAUUAAUGGAUCAGUCACAGAAGCCCAAUUGGACCAAUGUGUAAGCAUGGGAUGAGAUGCAAGAGUCCAUUCAUUUUAAUUGCCAGGCUUCAUUUAAACAUAUUGAUUCUGACUCCUGAUGAAAUAACCCAGGAAGUUUAUCCCUUUCAAAGGCAAGACAUCUGGGGAAGUUCCAGGGGUCCUGAUGGAUAAAGAGAACCCCAGAGCAAAUGAGUGGCUAGUUAUCCUUGUGGGAAUUGGAGGAGAGCCACUGCUCCUCUUGUCACAGAAGGAAACAUGUAACAAAGUAAAUUUCUCAAAUUUUGGGCCAACCUCUCUGUGACCGAGGGCUCCUUGGCAAGGCUGGGACCAGGCAAAAAUCUUGCCGAAAGCUGAACUGACUGAUAUCAGCCUAUCGUAUUUUGUCUCAGUGAUGCCCUCAACAGUGUGGGCAAAGACCUUGGGCAAUGUUCAAAUUUUGCCAUUGAAAUUGUGUGUGUUGCAGAUUUCCCAACGAUUGGGUGCACAUAAUAUUGCCUCAAUUUUACUCUUUAAUGUGUCAUUUUUACUUGUAGUAAUAAAAAAUAAAAUGAUGAAAUGCUUCUAUUUGCGUAUCAUUUUACAUUGUAAAUUAAUUGAAAAAUAAAAUGUGGUUCUUUGCAAACUUG